AUGACAGAGAAUGAGAAAAAAGAUACUGUUCAGGAUAUUGAUCCUUUUAAAAAUGCUGUGAAAAAAUAUUUAUCAUGUUCAACUAAUGAUAAAGUAAAAGAUCAAGCAGAGGUAUUUAAAAAUUUAAGUGAAGCAAUAAAAAAUGCUAAUGAUAUUCCGGAAGUUGCCUAUAAAAUGCUCUUCCGUUCAGCAAUAUCUAAUAUGGUUAGAAGAUUUACAAAUAAAAAUUGCAAAUCUAACAUAAAAUUACUUGUUGAAGCAUUAUCUAACCGUAAUAUUAAACUUGGGUUAAAAUACCUUUCUGAUGCAGUCAUUUUUUCAUAUCCAAAUAAUUCAGGAUACAUUUCAAAAAUAACAGCUAAGAAUAGUACUUUCUUGAUAAAAUGGAUUUGUGAAUUAUUGAUGAAAUUAGAAAAUAUGGAAAAUGAAAAAGAUUUGGUUGAAUAUUCAUUUGAAGCACUUGCUGCAGCUGGAGUAUACUCUCUCAGUAGCAAUAGAAGUAAAAAACUUUCUCAAAAUCAUCUUGCUAGAUUAAGAAAAAAAAUGAAUAUUGAGCAGUUAAUUAGUGUAUUUAAAAAAUUGGCAUCAAAUCCAGAAAGUUUUAUAGCAUUAUGUUGUUUGUUAUAUUCUAAAGAAGAUGAAAUUGACAAACAAAUUGUUCUAUUGUUUUGUGAUGCUUUUUCAAAAGGAGUAUUGUUACCUAAAACAAAAGUAUCUGAUUCACUUAUCUCCGGAACACAAAAUAUUAUUAGAAAAAUAACAAAAAAUGAAUGGGAAGAAUUGAUUAUGCCUAAUAUUAAAAAAGGUAUGCUUAGAAGUCCUGAAGUUGCUACUGUUGGUGUUAAGAAACUUAUUGAAUAUUGUUCUGUUGAUUUAUCAGGAUAUGCCGUAGAUAUAUUUAAAUCAAUUUCUGUAGGCCUCAUUUCAUCGGAUGAGAUACUUCAGGGAAAAAUUACCAAUGCUUCUCAAAAAAUUAAUAUUUUAUCUGCAAUUUCAAAAGGUACAUUAAACAAUGUUUCAUCUGGUGAUAAAAAAGAAUUUGGAAAUACUGCUAGUAAUGUUAUUUCAAAAUUAUCUAAACCUUUGUCUUCUGAAGCUAAUGAAUCAUCUACAAUUGCUUUCUAUCAGUGCUUAGGAGAAUGGAGUGUUUUAUUAAAAGAAAAAUGUCAACCAAUUAUUAAUAUUUUUGAGAACAUAUUUAAAAUACCUAUUGCUCAAGAACAAAUAAGAUAUAAUGCAUUUUUAUCGAUAGCAAAAUUUAUGGAUUGUGAAGAUCCAGUUAAAUUUUGUCCGCAGUUAAAGAAGAUGUCGGAAAAUGUUUUUGAUGAAAAAAGUAAUUUGACUGCUGAAAUGAUACCACUUAUUUAUGUAUUGGUAAAAUAUGAAAUUAUUGAAAAAGGUUCUUUGUCAAAUGAAUUUUACACAAAGUUAUGUAAUCUUAAGAUGAAUGAUGAUAUAGAAAUAUAUGGAAAAUUAGGAAAAGAUGGCUUCAAUCUUCUAUCUAAACUUGUUCUUUUAGUUACAUUUAAUAGGCCAUAUGAUGAUAAAAUAGGAAAUUACUCAGAUGCAUUGUUAAAGCUUAGUAUUUUUGGAUGUUUAUAUCCUGAUUUUAAUGUAAGAAGUAAUUUUUACAAUACAAUCAAAAAAAUUACCAAAGUUGAUGGAUUUGUAUUUUCUGAUUUUGUUUUAAAUAUAUUUCUUAAUAAUAUUCAGAAUGAAUACUUUGAAAAAGUUUAUUUAAAAUUAACAUUGAAAAAUCUCCCUGACGCUAAUAGUGAAGGUAAACAAAUUCCAGCUAUUCAUUUAGUGAAUGUUAUUAAAAUUUUAACUCCUAUACCACAGGAAGAUUCAGUGAUGUUGUCAAUGUUUAAUGAAUUUGUUGUCACAUUAUUACUUGUUACUUCUUUGGAUAAAGUUUUUAACAUAUCAAGAGGAUUAUGGGCUGAAACAGUUAGUGAGUAUGAUCCAACAUUGAAGAUUCUUAAUAGUGAAGAAUUUAAAAAAAUUUUAACAAAAAGAUUAUUUGAAUUUUCUGUAUUAAAAGUUAAAGAAAACGCAAUACAAUCACUAGUUGGUUUAGAAUUUGGAAGACAUGAAAUAGCUGAUUUCAUAUGGAAAUAUUUUGAAGAGUAUUUUAACAAAUUUGAGAUAGGUGUAUAUUUUAACAUACCUGAAAAUGAUGUUAAAAUUUACCAAACUCCUGAAAAUGUUCUUUUUAAUGUUUCUGUUAUGGAAGAUAGUGAGAUAGCUUCUUUAGAUACACGUGGAAUGUCAAAAAAAGAGCAAGCUGCAGAAAUAGCUUUGAGAAAAGAACUUGCUGAAAAAAGAAGAAAAGAGGGUAAAUUUACAGAAGAACAAAAGAAAGCAAUUGCUGAAGAAUUAAAAAAAGAAUCUGAAAUUCGAAAUAAGAUGAAAAAACUUUAUGAAGAUAUUUAUGAACCAUUGAGACUUUUAAAUGCAGCAUCUAAAGCAAAUCCAUUAGGAGUAACAAAACAUUUUGAUAUUAUGUACAAUAUUGUUAUACCUUUACUUCAAUCUGAAUUUGUUGCUCCAAUAGCAGUUGAUACUUUGUUUUCAUUUAGAGAUGCAAUUUUUGAACCAUCAUCAGAUUAUCUUCAUCAAUUAGUCAUUAUUACAACAUUACGUUUAUAUAAUUCAAAAAAACUAAUUGAUGAAUGGUGUGAAGAAUCAUUAGAGGAUCAAUUAAAAAGAAUGAUUGGUUCUUUAACUUCUAUGUGUGCGCUUGUCAGUAUACCAGAAGAAUUUGCUACAGAAAUCGAUAUAUUUAUGGAUAAUGAAGGAAUGAAUGCAUCAAAACUUGGUUUCUUGUUACCAUUAAUUGAAAAAAUUAUGAUGACAAAAGAUUUUGACUCAACAAUUAAAACCUCAUUAACAUCUUUUCUUCAAGAUGGUGUUUCACUUAAAUUUAUUAAAGGUGAAGAUGUUUUUCUUGUUCCAUAUUUAAAACUUGCAACAAUGACAUUACCUGUACUUAUUGAAAAUUCUGAUAUGGAUUUAAUAAAACCUUGUAGAACAGUUCUUCAAAAUUUAGCAAGUAUUAUGUCUGAAUGUACCAUACCAACAGAAAAAAUGGAAGAAUUUCUUUGUUAUUUAUUGGAUCACUUAAAAGAACCAAAAUCUGAAAUUCGUCUUAUGAUCUUAAAUAUGUUUUAUAAUAUGCAUCAUCAAGUAUCUGUUUUACUUCAUAAAUCAAAGGCAUUUAAAGGAAAAUUAAUUGUCACAUUAUCAAUUAUUAUAAAUGAUGAUAAUGAUGAGGUUAAUCGUAGUGCAGUACAAUUAUGGAAACAUUUGGAGUUGAAACUUUCUGCAGAAUUAUUCUCACAUAUUUUCAUAGGAUUAAUGGAUGUUAAUGAAUUUAUUCGCAAAGGAGCAUCAAAUGUUAUUUUGAAGAUUGUUGAUGAUAUGCCAAAAUAUAAAAUAACAAUAAUUAAUUUACUUUUUGACUUGUAUGUUAAACAUUCAAAAAUCGUUGAAGCUGAGUAUGAUUCAGUUGGAAGAUUAUUGAGAGGUGAAUAUGAUGAAUGGGAAAAAAGAAGUGGAAUUACAGAAGCAUUAAUUAAAUUGACAAAUAAGAUUGAAUCUAAUGAAGCAUUUAAUUUCUUAAAAAAAGUUGUUGAUAUUGGACUUCUUGACCAUAAUGCUUCCGUAAGACAAAAAAUGUUAAAAGCUGCUGAAAUUAUUAUAACAAAGCAUGGAAGAAGUAAUGUCAAUGAAUUUUAUCCAUUUUUAGAAGAAAAAUUGGCUUCUUUAUCUUCAAAUGAAAAUGAUGAUAUUAUGAGGCAAGGAUUAGUUAUAUUACUUGGUACAUUAACUAAGUAUCUUGAUUCAAAUGAUGAGAAAGUUUUACAAAUUUUAAUGAAGUUAAUGUCAACAUUAACAACACCAUCUCAACCAGUUCAAGAAAGUGUUUGUUCAUGUUUACCUGCACUUAUUGCAAGUAGACCUGAGGAUGGUAAAGUUUUGUUAAAAUCUAUGUUAACAAGUGCUGCUAAAUUUUCUACAUAUGGAGAAAGAAGAGGUGCUGCUUAUGGAGUUGCUGGAAUUGUCAAAGGACUUGGUAUUAAAUCAAUGAAAGAACAACAAGUAGAUUUAUUUUUAAAAAAUGGUUUUAAAAAUAAAAAAGAUCCACAAAUGAAAGAAGCUUGUUGUUUAUUAAUGGAAAUGCUUGGUUAUGCAUUAGGGCAAGCUUUUGAACCAUAUAUUCAUGAAUUAUUACCUGAACUUUUAACAGCAUAUGGUGAUACUAAUGAGAAUGUUCGUUAUGCUGCUGAGGAUGCUUGUAAUUGUAUAAUGUCAAAAAUUUCUAACUUUGGAGUUAAAUUAAUUCUUCCAGUUGUUUUGGAAGUCAUUGAUAAAGAUGCAUGGAGAACCAAAGUUGUUUGUGUUAAAUUACUUGGUAACAUGGCUAUUACGGCACCAAAACAAUUGUCUGUAUGUCUUGCAUCAGUUGUACCAAAACUUAUUGAAUGUUUGGCUGAUUCUCAUUCAAAAGUUCAAUCAGCAUCAGAAGAUGCUUUGAAGAAAAUUUCUACAGUUAUUAAAAAUCCUGAGAUGCUUACUAUUUCAUCUCAUUUGAUUGAUGCUCUUGUUGAUCCUGGAAAUAAAACUGUCUCUACAUUAACAACAAUUCUUAAUAUCCGAUUUGCUCACUUUAUUGAUACCCCAUCAUUAUCUAUGAUGAUGCCAAUUGUUAAAAGAGGUUUUGAUGAAAAAAGUACAGAUGGUCGUAGGAUGGCUGCUAACAUUAUUGCAAGUAUUUAUCAAUUAGCUGAUAAACGUGAUAUGGAACAUUAUUUAUAUGAAAUUAUGCCCGGUCUUAAAAAAUCACUUUUUGAUCCUGUUCCAGAUAUUCGUGCCAUAUCAGCUAAAGCUAUUGGUAGUAUUAUUAAAUAUGCUCUUGGUGAAACUUCUGAAAAAUUACAAAUGGAACUUCUUCCUUGGCUCAGUCAAAAACUUAUCUCAGAAGAAAGUGUUGUUGAAAGAUCUGGUGCAGCACAAGGAUUAUCAGAAAUAUAUUAUGGUAUUGGUGAAAAUUCAUUGGAUGAUAUUAUGCCACAAAUUGUUAACAAACUUAAUCAACCAAAUUUACCUCCAAAUGUAAGAGAUGGAUUUACGCUGAUGUACAUUUAUCUCCCACUCGUUUUCCAACAAAAAUUUAUUCCUUAUUUAUCACAAGUUAUUCCUUCUAUACUUCGAGGACUUUCAGAUGAAAAUGAAUUUGUUAGAGAUUCAUCUUUAAAAGCUGGACAAAGGCUUAUUAAUCAAUUUUGUACUUCUGCACAAAAAUUACUCUUACCACAACUUCAAACAGCAAUUACUGAUAGUUUCUGGAGAAUUAGGCAUGCUGCUGUUACUCUUAUUGGUGAUUUAUUAUUUACUGUUAGUGGUGUUUCUGGUAAAAUGACAUCAAAUACUGCUGAGGAAGAUGAUACGUUUGGAAUGGAUGAAGCAAACUCUAUUAUUAUAAAAAAAUUAGGCCAAGAAACAAGAGAUCAAAUAUUUGCAUCAUUAUAUCUUUGUAGAAAUGAUACAGCUGGUCAAGUAAGAACUGCUGCAACUCAUGUAUGGAAAAUUGUUGUAUCUAAUACUCCUAAGACAAUAAAAGAAAUUAUGGGAACAUUAUUUUCACAAAUUUUAGAUUGUCUUUCAUCAACAUCUGAAGAUAGACAAGUAAUGGCAGGAAAAUGUUUAGGUGAACUUGUUAAAAAAAUGGGAGAAAAAGUUAUGACUCAUGUAUUACCAGUAAUUACUAAACAAUUAGAUUCUGACAAUCCAUCACAACGUCAAGGAGUUGCCAUUGCAUUAGGUGAAAUUGUUGAUAAUACAAAUUCUGAAAUUGUUUCUAUUUAUGCAGAAAAUCUUAUUGAUCCAAUACGAAGAUGUUUAUCUGAUGAAAAUGAAGAUGUUCGUGAAUCUGCUGUUACUCUUUUCACUGCUUUCUACAAAGCUGUUGGAAAUAUUGCUUUAGAUGAAAUAGUUGUACCAUUAUUAAAAGAUAUUGAUAAUAAACAAAAUUCAGAAAGAGUUAUUGGAGGACUUUGUGCUGUUGUUCAAAGUAAUAGUCGUCAAAUGAUGUCUUAUCUUUUACCAAAACUUACAAAACCACCUGUAAAUGUAGUUGCACUUUGUAAAAUUUCAGCUGCUGCAGGAGAUUCUCUUGGAAAAAAUUUACCAAAAAUUCUUGAAGCUUUAUUGGAUAAUUGUGAAAAUACUGAUAAUGAAGAACAAAUUGAUAAUUGUUUACCAGUUUUAUUGUCUGUUGAUGAUUAUGAUGGAAUAGCUCAAAUAAUAUCAACAUUACUUAAUCGAGCAACUUCAAAAAAUCAUAUUCCAUCAGCAAUGUUAUUGGCUAGAUAUAUUUCUGAAGGUGAUUGUGAAUUUGAAGAAUUUGUUAAUGAAAUUCUUCCUGGUACACUUUCUCUUUAUAAUUCACCAAUACCUGAAAUUGUUGAAAGUGCAAUUAGAACAUUAAUUGCUUUGACAUCAAAUAUGGAACAAUCUGUUCAAUUUAAUACAAUACCUCUUAUUCAAUCUUGUAUACAAAAAAUGUUAAAAAUUGGUGGAAAAGAACAAAUUCCUGGAUUUGAUCAUCCAAAGGGUAUCUCACCAUUUUUACCAAUUCUUCGUGAAGGAAUUAUUAAUGGUGGUGUUGAAUUAAAACAAAAAGCUGGAGAAGCACUUGGUAAUAUUGUUCUUUUAUCUACUCAAGCAAGUCUUAAAAGUCACGUUGUUAAUGCAACUGGUCCACUUAUUAGAGUUCUUGGAGAUCGUUACCCACCAGAGGUUAAAAUUGCUAUCAUUCAAACAUUAUCAAGAUUAUUAGAUAAAGUUAUUAAUCUCCUUUCUGCAUUCCUUCCACAAUUACAAUCAACAUUUAUUAAAGCUAUUCAGGAACCAUCUUCUAAAAAAGUUAGACUUGCUGCAGGCGGUGCAUUGGCAAAAUUAAUUCAAAUUCAUCCAAAACCAGAAAACAUUGUUAAUGAAUUUGUUAAAUUAUUAUCAAAUUUAGAAGAUGAAAAUCUUCUCCUUUCAACUGUCAUUUCAUUUAGAGCUUUAGUCAAAAAAAUUGGGUUUAAGUUAUCUGAAACAUGUAUUGAAAGUAUAAUAAAUGUUGGAAAAAAAUAUAUAAAUAGUAAUGAAGAUGUUAUCAGAGCAUGUGGAGCAUUAUAUGGUGAAACUGUACAAUUUUGUUCUCAAUGGCCUUUAAAUAUUUUAACUGAAAUAAACAAAGGAACAAGCAAUCAAAAAUUGUUUAAUUUAACAUGUAUACAACUUUUAUCAUCAGAAAAUGCAAAUAAAGUAAUAGAUGUUUAUGGAUACGAAAACAUAUCAAAUACAUUAUCUACAAAUUUUUCAAAUGAAUCAGCUUUUGUUGCGGAUGCUUCAAUUCGUUCAGCUGGAUAUAUUUUGAUUUCAAUGAAAGAUGCCCUUGAUAAAGACCUUCUUCAUAUUCUUGCAAAAACAAUAAAUCAUAAUUCAAAUGAUGUCAAAAGACUAGUAGCUAUUGUUAUUCAAAAUAUCUUUAAAAAUAUUUUUACUCCCUCAAUUGAACUUUUGAAGACAGUUGUACCAUCACUUGUAAAUGGAACAAAGGAAAGAAAUCUUGCUGUAAGAGUAUCUUCUGAGCAUGCAUUAUUAGAAGUAUUUAAAUUGAGAAAAAAUGAUCAUGUAUACGAAGAGUACCUUGGUACAUUGACUGGAGGUGUAAAAGCUGUUCUUGUUGAUACAUAUCAAAAACAAUUAAUCAAGGCACUGAAAAAUACCGAUGAUUCUGUUGAAUCUUUAGACAACAUGUUAAGUGUUGAGUAG